ACUUUAAUUGUUUCUGUAUGCGUGCGCGCGCAAUAAUCAACUUUCAUCGAUAGCAAAAACGCCAUCAUAUCGAAAGUGGUUUUAAUGUUUAAUUUUCAAACUACUCGGAAAUAAUUCAAAGUCGUUGGCAAUAUAUUUGCACCUCGAGUUUCGUUUAUCGACGAUAAUUUGAUGAAAUUUUGUUGAGUAAUACGGUCGACGCAUUAUCAUAAUGACGACGUUUGCAUCGUUCAUUUCUCUAUCCCUUUGUUAUUGCUGAAAUACAAAAGAUCAAUUAUCUUAGAGUAAUUUGUUGCCAAUGGAACAUGCCACGCCUGUUAACAAAUGUAUAAGUCACAAGAAUUUGUUGAUUAAUUCUAAUCUAGAUAAUAGCGUUAUCCUUGCGUCACAACUCAGUUUGUCAAUAUAAUAACAAAUAGUCUUGGCUCGCUACCCAAAGCAGGCAACUGCUUGCCAUUUUAAACUUGAACUCGCCGAGUUUAGAUUACGAAAAGUGCCCGUGACGAGAAAUUUACCGUGUAAAGAAGUCUAUAAAUCACUUAGAGAAAAAACUCUCGCAUGCUAAAGUGCACCGAUAAUACGAUCAAUAAUUUUCAAAAUGCAAUCUACGAUCUAGGUCGCUGUUUCCCUAUGACACUCCGCUGAUCAUGUUCAGUUCGUCGCCGAAGUCCGAACGAGUCAAGAGCAAAGUACGAAAAAAAUGGUGGCUGUUCCGCGCAACGGACUUUCAAACCUUGAUGUAUCCAUGUUUCAUUUUCUGUCGUAUUCUUGGAAUGUUCCCGUACAAGAUCAAUGGUUCGGCCUUCGAAUUUUCCAAAGCGUACUACAUCUUAACGACCAUCAUAUUAGGCAUCAUCACUGCUGCAGGGCUAGCGGUACUCUACAACAUUGACGUUUCUGGGCAGAUCAUAUAUGACGGCGUACCUGGAGGCCUUCAGUGUAAUUGCUACUUCGUACUUGGCGGUUUUAUAAUUAUCGUCACGUACAUCUUGAGCAAGCCGCGGAUGCGUUUGCUGCAAACCACGUUGGAGGUUUCCACGAGACUGCCCCCUGAAACGUACGGGAAGAUGUCCAGGCUGAUUCACGCUAAGGACAUGAUCGGUUUUCUCUUUCUGCUCUUGCAAUUGCCGAAUUGUUUCUCCGAUUAUAUUCACGAUUUCUUACUGAAGAUGGUAGCAAUGUACAUCACCCUGCAGGUGUUUCAAAUGGAUAUGUUGUACAUGAAUUGCGUUUGUGUACUGAAGGCUUGUUUUAAACGAAUCAACGACAAUUUGGUGAAUUUGCGAGAACUCGUGGUGAGCGAGGAGCCGCAUCUCCUCAGACGAGUCUACCACGAGCAGAGAAAUCCGUUUCUGCUAAUGGAACUUAAAGCUCUGAAGAAGCGACAUCUGAUACUCAGUGACACCGUGCAAACGCUGAACGCGAUUUUUAGUCUGCAACUUCUCGCCACAAUAGUCAUGACUUUCGCCGAAAUCACUUUCAGCUUGUACUUUUACAUAGUGCAAUGGCAAGACGGCGUACCUAUUAUUAACUUGGAGAAACAGAUCUGGUCUAUAUACUAUAUCACGUCCGUAACAUAUUAUUCCAUAAAAAUAGCGUUUAUAGUAUGGGCCUGCGAUACCGGCAAGGAUCAGGCAUUACAGAUCGGUACCACCGUUCACGAUGUGCUUAUCAACACCAGCGAUAAACAAGUCAAAGAUGAGUUGCAAUUGUUUUCCUUGCAAGUAUUGCAUCGUGAAAAUACAUUUUGCGCGAAGGGUCUCGCUGUGGACGCAACGCUUCUUACUGCGAUAGUGGGUAGCAUCACCACGUAUUUAUUAAUUUUAAUACAAUUCUUGGUCACAUCGAAGUCUUGCGGAUCGAGGUCUGCUAAUAAUACGCAGACAAAAUAAUUAUAUGCAAAGAGAAAUGUGAGCAUCAUCCAUUUCUUCAUAGAAAGAUAGGCGGAAUCGAGAUAAACGUAAAGAUCCACCAUAAUUUUUAGAUAUCUCCAAUGAUAUAGCCAAGAUAUUAAUUUUUCAAAUUGUACGAAUGAGAGCGCGCCGAAGAAAGCGUCGAGCCGUUCGAGCAAUAGCACGGUCCACUGUAUCAAGCAAGCAACAAAAUCUUUUAACUAUCUGUCAGCGUAUAGAGUACCCGAUAACGGCAGACAGGCAGACAAAUUGUUUAUUAAUUGUUUAUUAACAAAUUAGCAACAAAAGAUCACUAAUUUUUUAUAUAAGUGCGGAUUUUUUUGCGCUGGUAAGGGGGCUAACUUUAUAGGGGUCAAAUAAUAGGUACCUGUCGUGUAAAGCUUCUUAAUACAUAUAUUGAAACAAAUUGGCUUUUAAAGGGAUCAAAACGAAGAUCUAACUUUGCUAAUUUUUUGUGGAAAGAAGUUAAGAGCUGGAAAAGUUAUGUUUAUUACCUAUCAAGAUCAUACUCUUCUCUAUUUAACAUAUAAAUUUUAUUUAAAAUAAUGUAAAAUGACAUAGCUAUUCAAGUUUUUCUAAAUCAUGUUUUCAAAGACUUGUGACCACGAUCAAUCUGCAAUUUUACACACUUUUUAUAAAUGCCAAAAACUCCCUGACUUAAAUGUCAAACGAAGAAGAGUAUUAUCUUCAUAAUUGUGAAGUAAGCACGACUUCUUUAUCUCUUUACAGUUUUCCACAAAAAAAA